GAAUUACUAGGACUCAGUCGACGGUCCAUUUACAUUCUCUCUCUACAAAAUUUUCAUUUCGCAGAAUCCGCAUCGAUGCCAAAGUCCAAACACGCGCUAACAAAUAUGGACAGCAGCAGCCUCUGACCGGAUGUUUCGUUGCUUCAAGAUCGAAACGGCGUCGAAUCGCCAUUCUGCAAUUCUCGUCCCACCAAACCCAUCUGAAAUCCGCAUCUCCACGGACUAAACCACAGAUUCAGCAAUGGGAUUCUUCACUCUUGUCUUAGCAGGAGUUGGUUUCAUACUCAUUGGCAUGUGGGAAUCCCUCCUUUCAUCCUCUCAAACCCCGAAACUCGACCAAUCUUCAAUCACUCCGGGAACGAGACCCGGAAGAAAAUACCCAUAUUCUUCGCCUCUAACCUUCUUCUCAAUUGCCCUUUUAUCGUUUUUCUUCAUUUGUAACUCUCUGUAUUCGUUAAUCGAUGCGGUCAAUUCGAAGGACAGGGUCGGGUCGCCGCUGCAAUUGCAGGUGCUGGCAACUGCCUUCCUUUUUCUCCUGUACGCUGUUCUCGGGCUUUUGAUGAAGUUCACGGAUUCAAUCCCGUUGCCCUCGUCAUUCCUCAGUUUAAUCUGUCUUUUCGCCUUUGCGGAAGAGUUUUUGUUGUUUUACCUUCAAAGAAAGGACACAGUUGGAAUCGAAAACCGUUACUUUGAUAUGAUGCUUGUUCCGAUCACAAUUUGUCUUUUCUCGACGGUUCUUGAAUUGAAAUCGCCAAAAUCGAAUUUGCCUCGAUUGGCUCGAGGGAUUGGGUUGAUUUUGCACGGGACGUGGUUUCUGCAAAUGGGUAUUUCCUUUUUUUCGAGUUGGAUGGUUCAUGGAUGCAGUUUGUAUGAAAAGAGCAGAGGGAAUUAUACAGUGAGGUGUAAGGGACACCCUGAGUAUCACAGAGGUAGAGCCAUUGCGACGCUUCAGUUUAAUUUUCAUCUUGCUUUUCUUGUGGUUUUGGUUGUUGCUGCGUUCUCAAUUAUUAGUCGGCGGAACGGGGGCCAAGGAGGUUCUGAGCAGUAUAGGCCAAUCGGUGCAGAAACGCAUUCAUUGGAUCUUACAGGACAAUUCUCUCUUGCUUCUGAUGAUGAUGAGAUUAAAGGAGAGGAGAGUAUGGAAAAGCAGAAGCCUGCUGCAAUUGAAAUGGGGGCAAAUGGUCAUGGGUCGCAUUAAUGAGGAUCUCACUAAGAGCACAUACAUGUUUGAUGGAAAGUCAUGCAUUCUAUCGAAUUGAGGAUACUUAUUCGUUUUUCUUGGACCAUUGGGUGGGUGGGUUGGAGCUUAUGACUUUGCUAUGUUAAUCACAUUGCAACAAGCUACUGAGAAGGAAACUUUUAAUCAUUCUCUCGACAAUAGGUUGGAUAAAAUGAGGUUUUGAAGACACUGCAGAUUCUAUUCCAUUGUGUCAUAUAGGAAUGACAACCUUAAGAUGUAGAAGCUCAAACAGUUCUUUUUGGAUACUUCCAUGGUUUCUCAAAAUGGUAUUCAGCGAAAGGUAGUGUCUACUAAAAACCAUUGAGGUUGGUGCUGCUUGUUUGGUGUUUCCUUCUAUGCAUCCAUGUAUGUCCACCCUUCUGUGGUGCUUAUUUAGAUAUCAUUUUUUUGACUGUAAAAAUUAAUUAUCGAGGUUGGUACAUGUUAGAUAUGCUGUAUGGAGGAGAGAUUGUUAGGGUUUUCUACUUCUUUUAGGUCUGUAAUUUAGAUAGAGAAGUUGGUUUUACUAUUAUUGCUUUCAAUUUUCAAUUAGUAUGUUUAGAAAAGAGUGGUAGAUCAACCUUACACCUUCCAUCUUUUGAAAAGCUUCUCAACUUGAAGUCAUGAUUCAUGCAUGGAAGACAUUAUUGGUCUGGUUCAUUGUAAUAGUGACAAUGCCCUCAGGCAGAUCUUCUUGACUUAUUUUUGUAAUGUCGAACUGCUGGGUUAAUAGGGAUGUGGAGUAAAAGAAUGUAUAUAUAAAAUUCUAGAAUUGUUAUAGUUUGACCAAUAUCACUCAUGGAGAUUCUUGUAAUUGUAACAGAGUGAGCUCUGAGUACUUGUUAUCCAUAUUCCAAUCAACCAUUCAUUUUACUAUUGUGUGACUAAUUGGAUCAAGUAUGCUUGGUGCUCUGUUGUGAUUAUUAAGAGGAUCUGGGAGCCAGGGGAUGCUGUUGUUGGCAAAUCAUCUUAUUCUUUACUGAAAUCUGGCCUUGAUUCUUGAGGAUUAUAAAUACGAUAUAUUUAUAUUGAAAUAUUCUGUCUCUGAAAGACUCCUAGAAGAAGCAUCUCAUCUGGGCCCUUCUCCACUGAUCCAUGAUUUGUAGGUUGCCCAGGAGAGUGGUAGUGGAAGACAGUUUCAGAACGAACCUCCAAGAAUCAGGACUCCUCAAUUCUGAUUGUUUUGUUGGCCCAACAACAUAGAUGAUUAUUGCUGGAGUAAGUCAUCAGGCUCCAAUUAUUUUAAUUAAGGUCUAAAUCGAGAAAUAAAUGUAUUGGUGGUACUGAAUUAGGUAUGUAGUUGUACAUUAUGAUGCUAUAAUUGAAGGGCUUUAUUAUUUUCUUUGUAGAAGUUGUCUUUGUUAUAGAAUUGUUGCAUGAAUUGAAGAGGCUUGUGAAUGUA